AUGCUAAAGGUGACAAGGGAUCAAAUUGCACAAUGGCUGGCAUCCACGGCAAAGAAGCAUGGAUAUGUCGCAAGUAAGGGGAUAGGUGCAAUAAAGGCCCCCAAUCCCUACGUUGGACCUCAAACUUAUACGGUGGCUCUCAAAGAGUGGUUGAUACUUGGUGAAUUCGUCGCCAAACAAGCUCCACCUAUCAUUGUACCAGCCAAGCUUGCAGAUAUCAUCGAAGUUAGCAUUAGGAUUCGACAAACUUAUAAAGAAAACAUACCCGAAGACCCGGGCGACUCUGGAGAGGAGCGCAUGGCCCAAAGUCAGAACACCCUCUUCCUCAAUAUGCUGAGAAAGUUGCGCCAUAUCCUCGAACCACUGCUACCAACGGAGCGCAACACGCCUGAGAUAUCAGCGGAGGUAUUCAAUCUUUUCGAGCAACUUGACUUAGAAGAGCCUUCCGAAGCCCUCGAACAGGCCCCAGACAUCAUACCAAGUCAUGCUGCAAGUUCUGGGCCUAUCUACAUGGCUGAGCGACCUACAGACUUUGAGGAGAGUUCAUUUGCCCUCCUCCUGCUUCUGCAUGACCUCCACAAGCUUCGCGCGGAAGUCUCGACGGCCUGGUCUCGGUAUAAAAUGUGUGCUGAAGACCUUGUUGCAGCAGCUAUCACUACCAACACCGCCGUAGAUCUGGCUCGGUCAAUGGCAGACGACAUGAAAAGCAUAUUCUCAAAGCACGGUGGAGAAAUUUGCAUGCUGGAAUUAUGGUACAACGCCGAAUGCAGUGCAGCUGGAACUUCGGAAUCACACAGAGAUCAGCCUGGGGACGAAAUGAACGUGAAGGUAUUCAACAUCGCGAACAUAAUUUUCUGGUCAGCUCAUCAACUACUCACUGCCUUUUGUAACGACCUGAGGCGUAAUCCUUUCCCGGACAUGAGGCGAGGCACCCAAGAAUACGUCCCACAAUCUGAUCGCAACAGUAAAAGCCUCCGUGAAUUGUUUGCGGAAGACAAGGAAAUUCUCCUCGAGAUGCUUCCAGAGUUCUUCUACUAUUGCCACACUACGAAAGCAGAUGCUUCUCGACCUCCAGUGGAAGACGAGUUGAGUCGUGGCCUUCGCACAAUGUUCGAGACGAAAGAGGUCACACUCCCACUCGCAUUCGCUGCAACCCUCUUUCUUGACAUUCAGCACAUACUUGACGACAGAGUUGAUGAAGGCUUCAGGCGGAUGAGUGAUGCAACUCAUUUUGUGCAGGCCAACAUCGAGGAAGAACUCAAAUUCCACGAAGGCAUCGAGCUAGCAACAUGGCCGAAAGAGAAUGACAUGGCAGUCCAGCAAUUCGUUGACACCUUGCAAUUUUGGUGCCACGAAGAUCAGCAACUGAGUACCGCAAUACGCAUGAAACAACACGACACCACCGGGCCGUUUUUCCUGUAUCGGAGACAUCCAUGGAUGUGCGGUGUUUGGAAGUACUAUGCUCAGAUGCGCUUCCAUGAGAUCAGCAUCGUCUUAGUCAAUGCCUGGGACUCGAUCAUGUCGUGUGCGCAUCUCUACAAUGCGAUGAGAAGAGGCACGCCGCGGGAAGCAAUGUGGAAGGAUUUCGAGGUCAUGGCCGCGCCACAGGAUGCGAAGACCUUCUUCCUCGGCGAUGCACCAGAAUCUGCAGACGACUGCUUGGAGCGAUAUGAACUUGCCAUGGGCGCAUCUGCUUUUAAUCUUCCCAAAUCGACGCGUAAGAAGAAGGGCCUCAUCCAUUCCAAAGGGGGACUCAAGGGACUGAGAGAACUUGGUCUAGUCCAUCAGGCCUUCAAAGGUCGUUACUGUGAUGGUCAAGGACAGACGGACCUGCGUGCAGAUGACGUGCAGAAGAUUCUGGACCAUGCGACGUGGGAAUUCAAGUUGAACGAGCAAGGCCAUGUUGAAGAUAUCAACAAAGAUACAACAAAGACGACCACCAACUUGCCUGUUACCAAAGUUCUCAAAAUCAUCCACUACGUUAUCCAAGCAGAGGUGAGCGAGAUUCUCUUCGACUACCUUCGUUUACACCGGCAGUGCUGGCGUUUGCUGCGCUUUGUCAAGGACAAUUGCCGCCAAGAUCUCAUCAAACUGUUUGGCUCUGACUACAUUACCAAGGAGAGUGAGCUUCCUUUCGUCGUGGGUUACGUGUUGAUGUCGGCGGCAUCGACGCAGGAGGCUGGCAGUCUACUGAAGGCAAGGCUGCCGGGUGUUUUGCCCACGAACAAGGUCUUGGAAGACGCCAUUGAGGUUGUUGUGGACAUGAUUCGGGAAGGCGCUGGAGCGCUGAUUGUAGAUCAUGUUUUGCUCAAGGGGCUUGGGGUGCAUAUCGACAUCGAGUACCCUGAGGAGUGA